GGUACAGGCGGGGUCUGCCAGCUGGAGGCAGACUCGGUCAGUCCUCAGUUGGCAUCACGGCUCGAAACCUCCACACUGUAUCACGCCCAGAGUGGAAUGGAAGAAAAGGACAAGACAGAAAAUGGGGAGUACACCGGAGAGAUAAAGGGUGGAAUGCGGCCUUCAAUGAAACUGGUUGUUAUGGGAAUUAUUAACCAAAAAGCCAAGAGCAUGGAGGUGAUUCUGUCCUGCCUGCCUCUGGAGACGGACGCAGAGGCUGAUGUGGGGCUUCAGGUAAAGGUGAGCUUCAAGGACAAGGCCGUGCAGCGCAACGCCCGCCUGGCCGAAGAGUGGGGGAGACCUGAAACUACCCUUUCAUACUUUCCUUUUGCACCCGGAGAAUCCUUCAAGAUGGAGAUAGUGUGUGAGCACCAGCAGUUUCGUAUCUUGGUGGACGGACAGCCUCUGUGUGGAUUCACCCACCGCGUCUCCCCGCUCGCCUCCCUCACUGCCUUACGCGUCUUUGGAGACCUACAGCUCACCAAGGUGGCCUAGCACCGAGACCCAUGGGAGGAUGUUUGGGGACAGUACACACACGGUUAGACAAAAGUGUUUGAGUGAAUGAAUGAGCCUCAAUGGGGGAACAAAAUGACACCUGCCUCGUAAUCACGUGUUAAGUGCCUUCACUAGAUUACCUGUUUGGAGACUUGAAGAUAAUGACUGAGUCGUCGAUGUCUUAACUAAACUGAGGAAUGUGAUUUGAGCUCUAAGCUGUUAUAUUUCCCUCCCUGAGGAACUAACGUGGUGCUUCACUGCUGGUGUGAGUGCUGCAUCCGUCAAAUCUCAGACGCUUGUCUUUGAUUUCUCUGGAGUUAACCUUUGAAAGCACUUACGUUUACGAGCGCUGCAUGAAGAUGAAUGUUUUUGGACUGAUUGUAAUUCUGUGCCCGACUGUAACAGCUGUAAGAAUAAGUACAUUAGUGCAUGCCCGUAAUACACAUUAUGUCGCCUCCAGAUUAAACACGAGCUGGAGGGAUGAUGUCACACGUUCUGUUGUUGUACCAUUAUCACCUUUGAACUCGCGCCCACUGCUGCGUGUACUUUUCUUUCCCCCCCCCUGAGCACUUUUUACGUGAAUGUUUCAUAUUGACUUUACUCCACUGCAAUAAAUCACGUUUGGUUGAUUUUC